UGGACCUGUCCAAUUCCUGCAGCUCACUCGGUACAGUGUGUUUUGAUGUGUGUGUGUGUUAUGUGUGUUUAGUACGCUUGUUUCAGUUCAUUUGGCGCUAAGCACGCGAUCAGAGGAACUUGAGUGACAGUAUGAAUGACGAGUAUCCGAUCCGACUCUGAUGCUGGGAAGAAAACUGCUGUCUUUAAUCAUUAAAAUGCGCUGUAAUGAGACGAAACUGCUGUCGAAGAACUGAAGAUGCGAUUCAACGAGAAAGAGCUGGUGUUCCUGAGCCGCCAGCCGUCAGAGAGAGCGGCCGAGCUGGGCAUGAAAGGCCCGAAGAAAGGAGACGUUGUGAAGAGGCGUGUAGUGAAGCUGAUCGUUAAUUUCCUGUUUUACUUUCGGAUCGAUGAGGAUGAGCCCAUCGGUGCUCUUCUGCUGGAACAGUGUCGCGUGGAGAGAGAAGACGAUCAGGUUUUCUCCAUCGUGUUUCUGGACGAAGCCGAGAGGAAGUAUCUGUUCGAAUGUGAUUCUCAGGAGCAGUGUGUGGAGUGGAUCGAUGCCAUCGUUAAAGCCAGUUAUGAAUCCAUGCGUAAGAACCUGAUCUACUAUCGCACGGAAAUCCAUCGGCUGACCGGAAAGGACCCGCUGGAGCAGUAUGGGAUAUCAGACGAAACACGUUUUCAGGUCAACAGUGGGCUUCCUCCAGCGGACACAUAAACUGUUUGGGGUUUCUGCUUGUGUUUUUCUUCUUUUACAGUCUGCCUGCAUCCAUCACUGUACGUUCUGACCUGAGUUAUGGGAGAAAUGCGUAAUAUUACUGUAAUGAAUGUCUGCUGAGUUUGAGCCAAUUGCAAUUAAAGUUUCUUCCUAAAAUCACGGUCAUUGUUAAUGAGGGCAAGCUGAACUGGGUCGCCUUUUAAAAACGGAUUCUGGCACAUUUAUCGCCUUUUAUAACCGUGCUGUUAAAGGUUUAUGCAUUGACAUGCAUGCAGUCUUUAUAGUUUCACCUUAAGCGCACUGAAGAGGUUUCAUAGCAUUCAGCUUGAAUCAAAAACAUUUUUAUAGUUUCUGUAAAACCUUUUAGCUGCUUUGAUUUUGUGCCUCUGAAACCGCAAAAGUCUUACUUCACCCCAAAAUAAAAAAUGAAUAAAUAAAAUAUUUUGUUUUUGUACAAGGAAAAUUAAGGCCAUUUUUAGAAGCCAUUAUUUUCAUGGGAAGCACACUGUUUAAAUAGUAAUUUAAUAAAUUAUAUGCAUAUAUAUACACACACACAAAGUGUGCUUCUCAUUGAAAUAAUGUAUUUUAUAUGCAAAUAUUUAUGUAAAUAUAUCACGUAAUCAUAUUAUAAAAUAUAAUACAUUUAUGUAAAAUAUAAAUAAUUAAUUACAAUUCAUUAAAUAAUGAAAUAAUCACAAUGUAAUUUAAUCGGUUAUAUAUAUAUAUAUAUAUAAUAUAAAUUAUUAAAUUGUAAUUAAUAUUGAAUUUAUUAAAUUACAUUUAAAAAUCACAAAUUAGCAAUGCACUACACAAUUUAAAUAAUUUAAUAAAUAUAAUAUCUUGUGUUCAGUUUUUUUUUAUUAUAAUAAUGUCAAUGAAAAAGCCUAAAAGUAGGAUUUAUUUAAUUAAUUCAGACUAAUUUGAUUUUGUGGUGAUAUUUAUAUGGCAUUAUUUUAAACAUUGUGGCCUUCACAAAUUUGCAGCAGAUUUAAUGCAACUCUUCUUGAACCCUUUGAUCACUUGUUUGAGUCUUGUGCUCAUAAACGGCAUUGAACAGCGAAAUACAAGGAAACGACUUCAACUGCUGUCCUGUAACUUUGCAUAAAGUUUUAUUUUUAACCCAUCGUGCCUGUAACUUUCCAUUUCUUCAAGCGAUGAGAGUAUAACACGAGUGAAAACAAUGUGAGAUUCAUUAAUGUUUCUGUCUUUCUUUCAUGCACUAGAAAUGACCAGGUUUCACAGCUUACAUAUGCUCCUCAUGCACAAUCUUAUUUUUGUUAAUAAAUCUCUUUUAAAAGAA